AUGGCAUCCCAAUCAAGGGACAGGCGGAGGGUGGAGGAAGUUCAUGGGGCUGGCAGGCAUCUCCGCAGUACGUUUGCAUAUAAGGUCCGCCGCGGGCUCGCCGCAGGUGCUAGAACCAGAACGCCGCCGGCCGCCGCCAUCGUCCUUCCCUUCCCUACAGCCACUGCAUCGCGGCUUCUCUUGUACCGCUACGCUAUGUCAGGUGCCUUUCAUCUCUGCUCCAUGUCAGCUAAGCUAGCGAUGAUCUUGUGGGGAUGGGUUCUCAACCCUUCUGAGAGUUUUCUGAACAUUGUGGUCGAUUAUCCAUCCGUUGAAUGCACAUCAUCAGUGCUUCAAGCCUUGAUUAUGUUUAGAGAGCUUUACCCGGGGUACCGUGGAGAAGAGAUAAGAAAAUGCAUUAAAAAUGCUUCCAAUUUUAUUGAGAAUGGACAACGAAAGGAUGGCUCAUGGUUUUCCACUUGGGGCGUAUGUUUCACGUAUGCAACAUUCUUUGCUGUAAAUGGAUUAAUUGCUUCUGGAAGAACUUAUGAAAAUAGUUCCUCCAUAAGCACAGCAUGUAACUUUCUGUUAUCAAAGCAGCUAAGUACAGGUGGAUGGGGAGAGAGUUAUCUUUCUAAUGAAACUGAGUCUUAUGUGCACUCUACUAGUCCCCAUGCAGUCAACACUGCUUGGGCCAUGUUGGCUUUGAUUUAUGCUGGGCAGGUUGAACGAGAUCCCAUGUCACUAUAUCAUGCUGCAAAAGAAUUGAUCAAUAUGCAACUAGAGACGGGAGAGUUUCCCCAGCAAGAACAUGUUGGAAGCUUCAAUUGCUCCUUUUACUUCAAUUACGGGAACUACCGCAACUUAUUCCCCAUUUGGGCUCUUGGAGAGUUGCGUCGUCGCCUCCUUGCGAAGAAGAACUGA